CAAGGAGAUAACUUUGUGGGCAUGAACAUGGGAUUUGAGAACUCUGCUGGAGCCGAGAAGCAUCAGGCAGUGGCAUUGAGAGUUCAAGCAGACAAGUCUGUGUUCUACAAUUGUUCAAUGGAUGGGUAUCAAGACACACUUUACGUACACGCCCUGCGUCAGUAUUACAGGGAUUGCACCAUUUCUGGUACCAUCGACUUUGUGUUCGGAAAUGCACUUGCUGUUUUCCAGAAUUGCACUUUCGUGAUCCGAAAGCCAAUGGAAAAUCAACAAUGCAUUGUGACUGCACAAGGUAGAAAAGAGAAAGAACAACCGUCUGCAAUAGUGAUCCAAGGAGGUUACAUUGUGGCUGACCCUGAUUUUUACCCAGUAAGAUUUGUUAACAAAGCUUACCUAGCUCGUCCAUGGAAGACAUACUCCAGAACCAUUUUCAUGGAUACGUACAUCGAUGACUUGAUUCAAGGUGAAGGAUAUUUGGCAUGGGAAACAUUAGAUGGACCUACUGGUAUGGAUACUUGCUUUUAUGCGGAGUAUCACAACACUGGCCCUGGUUCAGACAAAUCCAAACGUGUGAAUUGGAAUGGGAUUUUGAACCUCAAUUCGAAAGCUGCACGUUUGUUCUCACCUUCCAAGUUCUUUCAUGGACUUGAUUGGGUUCGGGCUACUGGGGUUCCUUGCUUCCAUGGCGUGCCCCCACACUAUAAGCACAAGAACACCACAUUAACCUGGUGAUCAAAUCCUCCAUUAUUAUAUCAUCAUCCCUAUUCUUUCAUUUUAGAAAGAAACUUUCAUUCUUUCUUGUUUUGUUCUUUCAUUUUAGGAAGAAAAGAGCACCGACACGUGCCAUGUUAAUUUUUUUACAACGAUGUAAG